UUUUCCAAUCAAGCAUCCAGCCGGAAAGAACUUCCUCUUGCUUCCUACAGUCUGCAUUCCAACCUUCAGAUUGCUUGGUUCUCAAAUUGCCUGAGGAGUUCCCUGUUCACUGUUGUCCUUUAGUAGUAGAUCCAGAAUAGUGGUUUAACUUAACACCCUAUAAUGGUUUCCUUUGGUGUUGAACUGCAACGCAAAUGGCUUUCCGUAGAAUUCCCAGGCUCCUUUGCACUUGGACCCUGGCCGCCAUACUACCGACCAACUUUUCUAAGAAUUACGACUUAACACCGAGUGGUGGCGCCGGCGGCCUCACUUGGCCUGUAAUCUCAGCACUCCGGGAGGCAGAGGCAGGAGGAUCCCUUUGAGUUGGAGGACAGCCAAGUCCAGAAAGCAACUUCCAGGACGGCCAGGCUGCCUAGAGAAAGGAUCCCUGUCUCGAAAAACCAAAGCGGGGAAAGAUCGACUGCUUCUGUGAGAAAUGGACUAAGAGCUGGGACACGUGGCAAAAGAAGAUAGUCUUCUUCUCUCAAUAGAGUGAGUGUGCAGUGCAGCCAGCAGCUCCUGCACACAGAAGAAAGCAGGAUCGCCUCACUGUGCUGCCUCCAAGUGUUGUCCCCAAAUACCACUGACCAAAAAGCAGGUGUUUGCGGAUCAGUGCCCCCUGGAAGUGAGUCAUAGGCAUUGUUCAAGAAGGAAGCAGCUAAGACAACAUGAAUGAACAAAAAAUGAAUGAACAAAUGAAGAAAACGGCAAAGACAAGUGGCCAGAAAGGGCCGGGCGGAAGAGCCCUCGACAGACUGACCCUAAAGCAAGACGAGGCAAGGCCAGUCCAGAAUACCAGAGUGGAAGCUCCCCGUGUAACAUACACCAUCCGGGAUGAAAGUGAGAUUAGCCCCGAGACUGAGGAAGAUGGCUUCCCUGACGGAUACCUAGAGUGCAUCAUACGAGGUGAGUUUUCCGAACCCAUUCUGGAAGAGGAUUUCCUUUUUAAAUCCUUCGAAAGCUUGGAGGAAGUGGAGCAAAACCUUUCUCGCCAGGUUCUGGAAGCGAGUUCCCUUCUCGAGUCUUCUUUGGAGUACAUGACAAAGGGGACGAAGCAAGAGAAGAGAGAGGUCACGCAAGAGACGCCUCCGCUGAGGGUUGGGGCGAGCUCAUUACUUGCAGGCGGCCCUGCAGAGAAGCCAGAGGGCGGUGUGUACUGUGGUGUCUUAUCGAUGCUGGAGUGUCCUCAAGCCGGGUGCAAGAAGAAGCUGAGGGAUAAAACCGCCCUGAGGAAGCACAUGCUUGUCCACGGGCCCCGGCGGCACGUGUGUGCAGAGUGUGGCAAAGCCUUCACGGAGAGCUCGAAACUAAAGCGACAUUUUCUGGUGCACACCGGAGAGAAGCCGUAUCAGUGCACGUUCGAAGGCUGUGGGAAGCGCUUCUCCCUGGAUUUCAACUUGCGCACCCAUAUCCGCAUCCACACCGGGGAGAGGCGCUUUGUGUGUCCUUUUGAUGGCUGCGAGAAGAGCUUUAUUCAGUCAAAUAACCAGAAGAUUCACAUCCUAACCCACGCAAAGGCCGGGAAGAAAUGCUGAAGGUGGAGACAGAUUGUCCUCAGGCUGGGUAGUCUUAAUGACAGAGGCACUGGGGAUACACGCAUUAUGUACAGAUUGUUAUUUGUAGGGAUAGAUUCUAUGGCUAAAAUAAUUUUGCAACUCUUCAUUAUACAGUUUUAAGGCCUCUUUUGGUAUUCCAUGGUAUAGUUCCAACAGGAAAGUCAAUGGUGAAAGCAGUUUCAAAAGCAUAACCCUUACUAUAUGUGCUAUUGAAGGGGAUGGGGACUUUUGCAUACGUCGGAAAAUCAGUUAUUUUUAACUAUGCAGUUCCUAAUUGCCUAGCUUUUACCUUUAGAAAUAUGCUUCAUGGUAAAUUUGAUAAUCCUAAAGAAUGGCCAACUUUGGCAGUAGUCAACAAAUGAAUACAUAUUUCUAAAUUUUAUGUUUUGAUUUUUGUUUUUCUCAUUGUACCAAACUAUAUUAAUCAUAGUUAAAUGUGAAUAGUUACAAAAAAGUUGAUCCAUCUGAAGAUUUUAGAUGUUUCAAAAUAAAAGGAAAUAAAACACUA